GAGAAAUAUCUCUAAAUAGUUCUCAUGUGCGGACGCAUUUCGUUUGAAAGUAAGAAUGAGCAAUGAAUAAUGAUAGUAGAUUUGUAAGUCGUUUUUAUUUAGUAAGUUAUUAUUAAACCAGGUAACAUUAAGUGUUUAUUAAAUGUUUUUAGUGUGCUAAACCGGUUCAUCCUGACAGUCUGCUGUUAGCCGGAGGAGGAAAUGGCAUUGCCAGAAGGCAAGAUUGCAUUUGUCAGCAACCUUAAUGGAACAACGCUGACAGAGGUUUCACUGGGAUCCCUGUUAGCUCCACUGUGUGUCCUCAGUCGAGGACUCCUCCUUAUAGUGUUCCACCUGGGAAAAGGGGUCCUUCCAUUAUCCCAAGGAGUCCAUCUCCAAUUGGACUUCAUGACACUGAUAAUGCCUUUGGUCCUGUCAUGUACCAUACUUAGCGACAUUCUUCACUUUGUAAUCAUGGGUCUGGCUCUAGUGGAUUUUGCUGUCUUAUACUUUGUGUACAACAACAAAAGGCGACCAUCUCAGGGUUCCCUCCACAGUACGAUUGACAGGUUUCUACAAACAAGAGUAGAAUCUAACCUAGUCCCAUUUGUAACCGUCUUCCGGGUUCUGGUCAAUGUGAAGACGGCCAUAAGCAUUCUGGCCGUUGACUUCGCUGUGUUCCCAAGACGAUAUGCAAAGACAGAGAUGUAUGGCACGGGGGUCAUGGAUUUUGGUGUUGGAGCGUAUGUGAUGGCCAAUGCACUAGUGUGUCCUGAAGCGAGAGGAAAGAAUAUUCAAGGAUCAAAAUGUAGCCAUGUGUUAAAGCAGUUUUUGUCUGUAUGGCCUCUGGUGCUUUUGGGGCUGGUGAGGCUGGCGAGCGUCAAGUCAACUGGCUACCACGAGCAUGUGACCGAGUACGGAGUUCACUGGAACUUCUUCUUCACGUUAGCUAUCGUUAGAGUGGUGGCAUCUGUGCUUUUAGCCAUUUUUCCUGUAAAUGUCUCCUGGCUUCUUGCUCUCCUCCUUAGUGGAACUUACCAGGUUAUCUUGCAGACAACAGAUCUUAAAUCUUUUCUCAUCCACAAUGAGGACCGUACAGGCUUUCUGCAGGCCAACAGGGAGGGUAUCGUCUCAGUUGUGGGUUACAUAUCCAUCUAUAUGGCCGGGGUUCAGGCUGGCCUCUACCUGAUGCAGAGCAGGACAUUAGUUAAGGACUGGAUCAAAGUGAUUCGUAACCUUCUGUUAACCUGCUUUGGGUUAUUUAUCACCUUGCACAUUUGCCAGACAUAUAUAGAGCCAGUGUCACGCAGAAUGGCCAACCUUUCUUUCUGUGUUUGGACUGUAGCUCAAUCCAUGCUAUUUAUUUCGUGCUUAAGCAUUGCUGAUGGACUUUUGCUUUAUUCCAAAGUGAUCUCUAAUGUUUCUCUUGUAUCUUCAUCGUGGACUCCUUGUACAAAUAAGAAGUCAGUCAAUUCAUCAGCAGAUGACAAGAUUAGACAAAAUUUAGAUGCAUUGUGUCUCGUACAAUCUGUAAACCGGAAUCAGUUAUUAUAUUUUCUGCUUGCAAAUAUCAUGACUGGUUUGACCAAUGUGUUAGUAGACACUCUAACCCGCAGUGAUGUCUUAGCUGUAAGUGUUUUGUUGAUGUAUAUGUUCAUGAACAGCUUAGUUAUAUUUAUAUUGCAUGUUAAUAAAAUAACCAUUAAGUUCUGGUAAUACAUUGACCCCUUUUUAUUUUUACAUUUUAAUUUUUUAUUUGGUCUUUUUUCUGUUGUGAAGUGUGCUGAAUUUAACGUUUGCAUAGUGUAAAUAAAAUAAAAUGAGCAAAUAUACUAGUACAAAAUGUAAAGUAAAUAUGAAUGUAUUAUACCAAAAUUAUACCCGAGUGCAAAUAACAUGGACAUUUAUUUCAUAAUCAGGAGUUCAUUUUCAUGUCAUUUUUUAUUUUUACAUUUAUGCAGUUUGCUUAGUCCUGCAUUAUGAUUAAAUAUGUUUUAAAGUACAAGCAACCUAUUGUU